GACCUCACUGGAAUAACUCAACCACACCAAUGCAUACUUUAUAGCAUUGCGAGAUCAGAAGAUGACAGCUGAAAUAGUCGAAUCUCACAUUCAAGCUAGGAUUAAAAGUGAACGAAUAGUCAUUUUUGAAUCCGAUAAUGUUUAUGAUGUAACAGAAUUUGCUGACAGACAUCCCGGGGGAAAGAAAUACCUGGAAGAAAACUGUGGUCAGGAUGUCUCCCAACUUAUGCAAAAAGACCCACAUAUACAUAGCAAAGCGGCAUACUCUAUGAUGAAGAAAUAUUGUAUUGGAAAACGGCAGCAUAUUAAAUCACAGAAUGGAGUAAGAAGUAGAAAGACAAAUGAUAUUGAUAUUACAAACAACAAUACUGAUCAAAUACAGGAUGGUCUCAUUGACUGGUCGAAACCAAUAGUUUGGCAGGUACCCAAACUUGGUGACAAAUAUUUUGAUUGGGUACAUGUUCCUGUAGAUACCCAUAUGAGAUUGUUCCAGUGGGAUUUUGUAGAAUAUUUUUCCCAGUGUUCCUGGUAUAUAGUUCCUAUAUUCUGGAUUCCUGUGAUGCUUACCUUAAUAGGAUUGUCCUAUUAUUCAUUGGUACAGAAUCCAGUGGAAUGGCCAGCUGAUUCUUCCUAUAGUAUAACAAUAAAUGGAUGGAAUGCUUCCUUAUUAUAUUUACUUGGCUUGUUGUUCUGGACUCUGGAGGAGUAUAUCAUUCACCGCUGGUUAUUUCACAUGAAGCCCCCAGCAGGAUAUCCGUCUCUCAUAUUUGUACAUUUUCUGUUACAUGGUCAACAUCAUAAGACACCUAUGGAUAGUAAAAGACUAGUUUUCCCUCCUAUUCCAGCCAUUGGCCUGGGGAUGGUUAUGUACUCUUUAUAUUGUUUGUUUAUGCCAUCCUCAGCAGCACUUAUGAUGUUUGCUGGGUCGAUUGGUGGCUACCUGGCAUAUGAUAUGAUCCAUUACUACCUUCAUCAUGGUGUGCCAUCAACAAAAUAUUUUAAAUCACUGAAAAGAUACCAUGUCAGACAUCAUUUUGAAAACCAGCAAAAAGGUUUUGGAAUUUCCUCCAAGAUGUGGGAUUAUCCAUUCCAUACCCUGAUUGAGGGGUAAACUUGUGGCCUUACAGACUUUAAUUUGCUGGAAUGUGUAUGGUUCAAUCUUACACUAACAUAACUAGGAUUUCCAACAGAUCUGCUACUGAAUGGCCAUUUUCUACCUGUAGAAAAACAACACAUCUGCUGAAUGGCCAAUUUUCUACCUGUGUAAAGACACGCUCUGCUGAGUUAAGAUAUUUUUCCUGUAUAGAGCAUCACCUCUAGAUAGUGGAUCUUUUCUUCCUUCUACAACUGUGACAGCAGAUUCUAAUGUUGUCAACUGUGUUCUACCGCUAGGAAUCCAGCUCCUGUUUACAACAAAAAACGUACGACUACAAUUUAUUGUCCAAUAUCUGGCCCUCAAUUUAUACAUUCAAAUUUUUGGAGAAGACAUUACUUAGUUGAAAAACUUGAGUCUGAUCAAUUUGUACUUUUGAACAAUAAGAUAUGUUUAAACGACAUUCAAAUGAUGGCCUUGAAGUUUACUACACUUACAAUAAAUUCUAGUCGGACAUUUAUGUAUGAAACAGAGAUCGAUCCUUUUUAACAUAAGAUAGAUUCCUUGUCUCUUAUGAAAUAUUGACGAGGAUAGUUUUGUUGUUUACCAUACAUUAUCUUUCUUCCAUCCCCUUGUACAAAAAUAUUAUAUAAUCUGUCUGCUUAUGAUUUUUAUACUUGUGUCAUUUGCAUAUAAUUUUAUGAAGCCAAAGUUUUUGUUUUGUAUUCAUUUUUUAAUCGUUUUUGUUCAAUCAUGCGGAAAAUUUAAUUCAAUUUUUAAAUGGUUUUCAAGAUUUCAAAUUUUAUAAAUUACAAAUUUAGGGGUGCAUCAAUGCUAUCUCAGAAUAAAUUUUGGCAAUUUUUCUGUUGGAAAAGAAAAAAGGCAAUUGGAAAUUUUGAUUUGAAUUUCUCCUUAUGUGUCUCAUUGAAAGAAAGAGUUAUGGAUAACAAAAAAAUCAUAGUUAAUUUUCAUAUUCAUGAAUUCAUUGGUUGAAUAGAACAGGUUUAUGAACAUUUAUAAAAAAAAUAAAAAAUUGAACAAAUGAAAAUUACUUUAAAGGGGCAUUAGCUACUAGAUAUACAAAAAAAUAAAAUAUGAUUUUUUUGUUCAAUCAUUAAUGAAAGUGAUAUAGUGAAAUACUAAUUCGCUUUUAGCAGCCAAUUUUGUUUAAUUUUGUUAAAAUAAGAUAAAUAACAUCGCUGAUGAAUUAAUCACUUGCAAGUGAAUAAUUGGACCUCACUGAAUCUGUUUUCAUGUGACCUUUAAUUUAACCCCUUAGCUGGAGAUGGGUUACGCAUGUAUUCAGCUAUUAAAAAGAAAAGAAUGUCAACAUUGAAAGUGAAACAAGGACGAAUCAUAUGGUUGACUGAUUGGAUCCACAAAAAAUCUUUCUAACACAGGUAAAAAGGAUGAUAAAUAUACUUUUUAACCUACAAUAUGAAAUCAAACAGACCUAGAAAAAUCCAAUUGCAGGUGGUCAUAUUCAGUUUAUAUUUCUAUUUAUGUUUAUAUCCGGUUAUAUGACCAUCAGCAAACUUCAGAGUUCAUCUCAAUGGUUGAUUAGAUGAUGUCUAGACAAAAAUACACACGAAAUGUUGAUACAUAUUAUUGAGUUCAUGCAUUGUUAAUUGUUUAUUUUAGACUUUUUGUGUGUAAUUUGGAUAUACAUUUUAGUAUGUUAUAAAUCAAAUAUGAGAAUUUGAGUCAAAUCGGUGAAGAGAAAUUUGACAGCUAAUGCCCCUUUAAAUGUUUAUUCUUCCUAAGUUAUUGAUUACCCUCUAACUUUUUUAAUAAGUCUUUUUUAUGCCCCACCUAGGGGCAAUAUGUUUUUCGGUCUGUGCGUCCGUUCAUUCGUCUGUCUGUCCGUCUGUCCCUCUUUAGGUUAAAGUUUUUGGUCAAGGUAGUUUUUGAUGAAGUUGAAGUCCAAUCAACUUGAAACUUAGUACACAUGUUCCCUAUGAUAUGAUCUUUCUAGUUUUAAUGCCAAAUUAGAGUUUUGACCCCAAUUUCACAGUCCACUGAACAAAGAAAAUGAUAGUGCGAGUGGGGCAUCCAUGUACUAUGGACACAUUCUUGUUUUGGUAUAUUUUAGAAUAAAAUUUUGGUAGAGUGCUUUAGAUAUUUCAAUUAUUUUAUAUAAUAUAAUAUUCUUUUUGAAAUUAGUAGUUCUAUUUUCAUGGGUCUAUAAUUUAACUACAUUGAAUUUAUCAGCUAAAACUAUUGGAAUCUCAGAAUUAUUUUUUUAUAUCGAUAUCUAUACCUGAAAACUGAACAUAGUGCUACUAAAUACAGCAGAGUGCCACAACUACUUUUAACAAAUAUUUUGAUAAGAUUAAAGUUGUUCAUUAUUUAAGAUAUGAGCUGCGGAUAGAAAUGGACCUUAUGCAAGUGCACUUAUACAUGUACAUGUAUAAAACUUUGAUUGAUUUUCGAACAUUCAGAUGUGAAAUGAAAGAUUAAUUUUGGUCUGUUUUGUAGGGUUCUUAUAUCAACUCAAUUUUCAAACAGUUUCAGACUUUGUUUAGAGAUUUUUUCAACCUGAAUUAAGUUAAUAACAGAUGUAUUGAUAUUUAUUUGCAUAAGAUCGAUUUCUAUCCGAUGCAGCUCAUAUCAUAUGGUAUACUAUGUGUUGUUGGUAUUUAUUUUCACACCAGGCUUUGUUCGAGGUUUCUGCAUUAUAUUACCUUUACUGUGUUCACUGUGUUCAUUGUUUUAUUUGCUUUUAGGCCUAGUACAAGAUAUAUACACUGAGUGUCUCUGAUCAUGAUGAGUCUUUCAUAGACGAUGCGAGCAUCUGGUGUACUAAAUUAUAAGCCUGGUAUCAUUGAUGAGGUUUUUAAUUUUGCGGUCGUAUAUUGGUAUGACGUUGGUGUCGUCGUCGUCGUUAUCGUUGUCCGAAGACACAUUGGUUUUCGCACUCUAACUUUAGUUUUAAGUGAAUGGAUCUCUAUGAAAUUUUACCAUAAGGUCCAAUACCACAAAAGGAAGGUUGGGAUAGAUUUUGGGGGUUAUGGUACCAACAGCUAAGGAAUUAGGGGCCAAAAAUAAACAUUUUUGUAACUUCCAGACAUAACUUGUGUGUUAGUGUAUGGAUCUCUCUGACAUUGUACCACAAGGUUCCAUAUCACAAAGGGAAUGCUGGGAUUGAUUUUGGGGGUAAUUGCCUCCAAAUUUUAGGAAUUAAGGGCCAAAAAAAGGGGCAAAAAACAAGCAUUUUUCUAGUUUCAUGACAAUAACUUGUGUGUAAGUUUAUGGAUCUUUAUGAAAUUGUAGUACAAGGUUCCAUAUCACAAAGGGAAAGCUGGGUUUGAGUUUGGGGGUAAUUGCCCUAAACGUUUAGGAAUUUGGGGCCAAAAAGGGGCCAAAAAACAAGCAUUUUUCUAGUUUCCAGACAAUAACUUGUGUUCAAGUGUAUGGAUCUCUCUGAAAUUGUACUGCAAGGUACCAUACCACAAAGGGAAGGCUGGGAUUGAGUUUGGGGUGAUGAAUCAUAAGGGGGUUCAAAACAUUUGGGGGGGGGGGAAUUUUUUUUUCCUUUAUUUCCCUUUUUUUUCUUUAAAAUUUUCUACUUUAAAUUGGUUAUUUCUGAUUUAUAUAUAAAAGCAAAUAAUAAUGAUAUGGUUUGAAUAGGUAAAUUAAAAUUGUUUAAGUUCUUAGACCACUUUCAUUCUGUGUCAGAAACCUAUGCUGUGUCAAAUAUUUAAUUACAAUCCAAAUUCAGUGCUGUAUCAAGCUUGAAUGUUGUGUCCAUACUUGCCCCAACUGUUCAGGGUUCGACCUCUGCAGUCGUAUCAAGCUGCGCCCCAGCGGAGCAUUUUAUUCUGUUUUAGUGAAUAAUUAGAUGGUUUCAGUAAAUUGGAGAUGUCUCACAGCGUAAAUACAUUGCUAUUGUCUCUUCCUGUCUGGCUAUAGUCUUCUUUUGAAGCUAUUCAUACAAUAUCCAUGUGAAAUGAAGGUAGUUUUAUCAAUAUUUUUGUUAAGUACUUCCUUGAUGACCAUAAAUUUUAAGUCUUGGUCCUCGAAAAAGAAAUUUUAUUACAAUAUUAUUUAUAUGGUACCCUAAUAUGCCUUUACUUUCCAAGGGUUGAAUUUUUUUUAUUAAGAACAUUCAUCAUAAAAUUUUUGUAAGAUUCCUUACUGGUUGCCGUCCCUAUUUUAAUAACAGAAUAAAUAGUUUUAUAAGUGGUAUUUUCUUUUCAAAGAUUUCGAUGUGUCCUGUUUUGAAUCAAGACUAAAGACACAAUUGAUAAAUUAUCCUCUUUUUCAAUGAGAAGUAAGCACUUAAUAAAUUAAAUGAUGUGCUAUUUCAUGUUUGGAUAAAGAGAGAUGAAACCUUAGACUAUAAAAAGUCUGUUUAAGUUAAUUGAAUAGCAAUUGUGCUGAACUUAUUUCAAGAUAUAAUUGUAUAAAAAAAAGUAAAUGGGAUUUAAAAGUUAUUAAAAAAUUACAAUACUUUUGGUAGGUAUCGAAAUGCAAAAAUUAGGUAUGAUAGGGAAGAGUAAACAAAGGUUUCAGUCUAAAUAUUUCUUUAUCAAAUGUUUUAUAAGGCAGGGAACAGCUGGUAAAAUUCCUAGUGUUAACAAUUUAAUCAUGAAUUUAUAUAGGCAGCAGUUCUAUUUAUAAAUGGUUUGCUAUGCUUUGUAAAUAUUGAUAUUUUUAUAACUUAUUUGCUGCUAUAUGCUGUGUAUGUGUGAAAAACAUUGGGUAAAUAUAGUGUUCUGUUGCAAAUAUUAUAUGUAUAUUGUUAUUGUAUAGAAGUAUAUAUUUAUUUGUGUAAUAUAAUGAAAGAUAUUUGGCUGAAUUUAGAAAGGUUUUGAAAGCAUUGACUUUUGUGAGAUUUGUUCUUCAAGGUUAAAAUUCAAACAUUUUUAAACUGUUUUUCCAAAUCUGGUUAUUGAUUUGGGAUGUCUGACAUUAAUCAGAUUAUUGAUUUGGGAUAUCUGACAUUAAUCAGAUUAUUGAUUUGGGAUGUCUGACAUUAAUCAGAUUAUUGAUUUGGGAUGUCUGACAUUAAUCAUAUUAUUGAUUUGGGAUGUCUGACAUUAAUCAUAUUAUUGAUUUGGGAUGUCUGACAUUAAUCAGAUUAUUGAUUUGGGAUGUCUGACAUUAAUCAGAUUAUUGAUUUGGGAUGUCUGACAUUAAUCAUAUUAUUGAUUUGGGAAUAGGCUUGCUGCUUCAGUUGAUUCCGUGCAAUAACUUUUGAACUGUUCAACCAAUGCUUUUCAAAUUUCAAUAUGUUGUUACUGAUGACAAAAUAGAGGUCUAACUUAACAAUUUUUACUGUUGAGGUUGAGAAGUUAUGGUCCUUGAUUGAUUGGGAAAUCACUUUUUAUUUUGUUUCUGUGCAAUAACUUAUUAACCAUUUAAACAUUAAUAUGUUGUUAUUGAGGUCAAGUUUGAAAUUGUCAUUUUUGCUGUUCAGGAGUUAUGGUCCUUGAUUGAUUAAAACAAGUCACUUUAUAUCAUUUCUGUGCAAUAACUUGAUAUUUGUAUUUGAAAGAGAUCUCAAGAUAGUCACUUUAGUGGAAAAUUUUAAUGAAUGCCUGAAAAAUACUAACUGAAGGUAAAUGCUAAAUUGAUAACAUUGUAAUGAACUUGACUGUAAUUUUUGUGUGGAAAUUUUGCAUUAACCUUAAUUUUUGUAGAUGUCCUUGCUAGACAUUAUCCCAAAUCAUCAAGAAAAUAGAAUUUUAUACCACCUCUGAAUCUCCAAAGAGAAUUUAUGAGGUAUUAAUGUGCUUGGUUCACACAUUUCAUUGCAUUAGAUAUAUAUCCCCUUAGUCAUAUACAUUAAGAACAUAUUUUCCCAUUUAGUGACAGUCUACACAUGUUUCCAAAUAAAGACAAGUAUUAAAUAAGAGCCUUUAUGGCUAUUCAUUUUAGGUCCCUUUCGUCAUACAGCUCAUAAAGUUUCUAGCUAUUUAUACAUCCCUGGCUUUCAAAUAUUUAGAUUAGAGCGUUCCAGUUGAAGGUCAAAUCUAGAAUAGCACUUCAAACGCACAAAAUUAAUAAAUUGUUAUAUGCAUAUACCAUGCAGAAAAUUGAUAAUUCUAGAAUUUAGUUUAGAGCAUUUAAAUGGUAAAAAUAAUACAAAAAUUCUGUGGUAAAUAGGAUUUUACCUUAUUUAAGUUGAAAUAUUACGAUCACUGUCAUUAUAAACAGAAAUUGUAUAUCUGCUGUUGUGUAGCCAAAAAAAUUGAACAAGAUUUGUUAGUCCCAUUUUGUAUGAAUGUAGUUAAUGUAGGGUUUCGGAAGCAUAGCUUUUAGAGUAGUUUGAGACCUUGUAUGUUUUUUGUGAUUUAUCAAGCAACACAUCUGGUAGUUAUAGGAUAGCUGAAAACAGAUCUUGUGAGCUAUAUAAAUAUAAAACUUAAUUGUGAAUUAAGGUUAAGGAAAGAUUGUCUCAUUACUUGUUUCAUUUAUUCUAUGAUGUAAUUCCAUGGUAACAAUUAUAAUUUCCAAUAAUACAAGUAAUGGGGGUUUUUUUUAAGUAAAUUUUUAAAAUAUUUUUUUUACUCUAGUAGCAUAAGGCAAUAUUUAAUAUCAGAAAUCUCUUAUGUAUAUCAGUAAAGUUUUUAUUGGUAAAAAAUAAUUUUUUUAUUUACACGCAACACAGUCACACAGUCAUUACCUCUAAUCAUGCAUUUAAUUGUAUGAUUAUCUUUGUGUUCACAGUAGAAGUAGUACACACAUUUGUUCUCACCAAAACACGAUACUCUUAGUUCCCAAUGAGUGGUUAAGUCAAGCACUGAUAGCUUUAGGACUGAAGAGCUUGCAUUUUACAUUCCAAUUCCUAAGGAGGGGAUGCGGUUCAUUAAAUCUUGAGGUCAAGCUCACCAAACUGCAAAAUAAAAAAAACAAUUCAAUGGAAGUAAGGCUGGCUCUCGUACUCAGUCUACUUUAAAUGUGAUACAAUGGUUCUUUGAAAAAUGAAAAAGGUCACAUGAAGGCAGUAAAUCAUUCAGUUGGUUGGAAUUUGAAAAAGUGACUCCCUAAACUUUGCAGUGCUUUUGUAAAUGUUUAGCAGCAGUACACAAAUCAGUGAAGGGUGUAUCAUUUAUUUUCCUAAGAACAACAUUUUUUUUAUUACACAUGGCUCUAAGCAUUCCUAAUGAAGAUAAAUCAAGGAAAUGUACAUCAUAUAUGAAUGUUUAAUUAUAAUGGACUUUUUUUAUUUUUAUUAUUAAUAGUAAGGUAUAUGUGACUCUUUUCACCAAAAAUUUUACAAGAAAAAUACUCGCAAGACUUGAACUUUUCAGUAAAACUAGCGAUUGAUUUUGAUUGUUACAUUUUUUAUGAAAAGAGCCCUUGGGCUAGAAAUUAAAUAAAAUUAUGAUAUAUAUUAUAAAUAAUAGACGACCUGCUUUUCAAAAAAAUUAUAAAAAGAGGAUUGCUAUCAUAUAAUUGUAUUUUGUACUCAGAGCUGAAGCUUGGAUGCACUUGCAUUUUUUAGAUAUUUUGAUUUGAAUAAAAAAUUAUAUUUCAAUAGUGAUUAUAAGUGUAUUGAAUGAAACAUUGAUAAUUUUUGUUUUGUAAAAUGAUUUUUUGAAGAUCUAGAUCAUAUAUUUUUUAUGACAUGAAUGGGCAAAAUGAAAGAAAAAUAAAUAAUUUUGUUAAAGAAGAAUAAUUGUUAAAUAUACCGGUAUACAAAAAAACUGAGAUAAAAAAUUCUCAAUCCAUGUAUUUGUUUAUGCAUAAUAUAUGUAUUUUUGUUGGAAAAGUUUACACAGUUUUAUAACAAGCUGGUUAUGUUUUUGUGGUCGUCAUACAUACUGUCAAUAAACUAUAUACAAUAUUG